GUAUUGAUCCGCAGCUGCUUUCAUACAUUCCCAAUAUCAUUAAUGGAGAGGAUAACUUAAUGCUUUGUGCGGUUCCACAAGAGGAGGAAAUAAGGGGGGCCAUUUGGGACCUCAACUCUCAUAGUGCACCAGGCCCGGAUGGAUACAAUGGGACCUUCUUCAAAACCUACUGGCACAUCAUCCAUGAUGAAGUGACUAGAGCAACCCAAGAAUUUUUCUUGGGUNCCGCAGCUGCUUUCAUACAUUCCCAAUAUCAUUAAUGGAGAGGAUAACUUAAUGCUUUGUGCGGUUCCACAAGAGGAGGAAAUAAGGGGGGCCAUUUGGGACCUCAACUCUCAUAGUGCACCAGGCCCGGAUGGAUACAAUGGGACCUUCUUCAAAACCUACUGGCACAUCAUCCAUGAUGAAGUGACUAGAGCAACCCAAGAGUUUUUCUUGGGUCUGCCCAUCCCUAAAUCCUAUGGGGCGACUCUCCUCACUCUGAUUCCUAAGGUGGACAACCCUAAAUCUCUGGGAGACUACAGGCCGAUCUCAUUAUCCACAUUCCUCUCCAAAGUCAAUACUAAAAUCCUUGCAAAUAGAUUGGGUUCACUCCUUCACAAACUCAUCAGUCCCGAGCAAAGUGGGUUUCAAGCAGGUAAAGGAGUGGAUGAAAACAUCCUCCUCACCCAGGAGAUGAUCCACUGCCUUGACAACACCUCUGGAAGCGCCAACAUUGCUAUCAAAUUGGACUUCGCCAAAGCUUUUGACAGAAUUUCAUGGCAAUUCUUAGAGGUUACUCUAAGCUCUUUUGGUUUCUCCUCCCAGUCAUGCCACCUUCUUUUAUCCACACUCAAGGUAACCCACUUCUCCAUCCUCAUUAAUGGAACUCCACACGGGUUUUUCAAAAUGAAGAGAGGGGUUAAGCAAGGGGACCCCCUAUCCCCCCUCCUCUUUAUCCUGGGAAAUGAAGGCCUAAGUAGACUUAUUAAGGGGAAGGUUGAGGAGGGUUCCUUAAAAGCCAUUCAUACAGGGAGAAACCAUCCCCCCUCCCACCUUGCAUAUGCGGAUGACAUAAUUUUCUUCCUUAGUGGUCAUUUUAGAAACUUGCUCAGGUUCAAAGGGCUACUGGAUUGUUUCCUCAAAUCAUCUGGACAUCUUAUCAACCUCAACAAAAGCCAUUUCUACACAGGUCUGAGAGUGAAGCUAGAUAUCAAAGCUAAUAUGCAAAGAGCACUUCAUAUGAGAGAGGGCAAGUUACCUUUCACCUACUUAGGGGCAACCAUUGGAAAAGGGAAAGUUAAGAAGGAAGAUUGUAAGAAAAUUGUCCAACAUUUUGAUGUCUACCUUAAUACCUGGCAUAGCAAGGUACUCAACCAAAUGGGGCGUUUAAUCCUAAUUAAGCAUGUUCUCAGCUCAAUACCCUUACACAUUGUUGCUGUCCAGCAAAUGCCUAAAUCUAUCCACAACAUUUUGAACAAAAAGAUGCAGAACUUUCUAUGGGGAUACAAAAAUGGGAAGCCUAAAUAUCAUUGGAUAUCUUGGAGAGGCUUAUGCUACCCAAAACAUGAAGGAGGUCUAGGCAUUAGACACCUGGAAGAUGUAGAAGCAGCUUACUCAACCAAACUUUGGUGGAAGAUUAGAAACUCACAAGGUCUUUGGGGGGAAUACAUGAGGAGAAGAUACAGGCCGGAUUCUUUUCAAGAACGUCCUACAGACACAGUUACCUGGAAAAGGGCUGCAAAGAUCCAUAACUGGGCCUUACAACAUGUCCAGGAAGUGGAUGAAACCGACACCUGGGAGGGAGAGCCCUUCACCACCAAGUUGGCAUACCACGCCUGGAGGGAUUCUAAGCCUAUCUCUCUUGCCCAUAAGAUGAUUUGGAACAAGCUUCAGAUUCCAAAGAUCAGCCUCUUCAUGUGGAAAGCUUUCAAUAAUAUACUCCCCUACCCGGAAAACUUUUCCAGGUUUAACCUUGCCCUUCCUUCCCAAUGCAGCUUCUGUCUCAACGGCCCGCAGGACCUCAACCAUACCCUCUUCCAGUGUCAAUUGUCCUUCAGAAUUUGGAGGUUCUUCUCAGCUCUAUUUGAUGGUCCCAUUCCUAGUAGGGAAGAUACCCUACAUGAUACCUGCAUGAAAUGGUGGAUUAGCACGCCAUGGAACAAGCUGCAGGAUAAAAUCACCUCGGUCCUCCCCGGCUUCAUUGCAUGGGGACUAUGGAAGGCUCACAACGAAGUGAAAUACGCCGGGAAAGCUUUCAAAGAAGGGACUAUUAUCGCAACAAUCAUGAAGACGAUACAACAAUGGAUAUGGAUUCACAAAGGCAAGAAAUGGAUGCAUAUGGAUGAAACGUUGAAGUCCUUGGGUUUCCGUUUGCACUUUAAUAGAAAUAACUCUCAAUGCUUUUCUGUCUUGUAAUCUUAACUG